AUGUCUGGGGAAGAGUCGGAUGAUGAGCCAUUAUCUAUUUUGGCGGCUGCUAAGAAGGAGAAUCCUGAGAAAUUUCUUAUCGAUUUUGUGCCAGACACGACUGAAAUUGAGAUUGUAUCUGGACCUAAGUCUAAGAAGAGAAAAGUGAAGCAAUAUCCAUUAAAGAAACUGCCUAUAACCUUCACACUGGGUCCGAAACUUAAGGACCAGUCCGCAUUGGUCGUCCAGCGUCCAUCAGAUGUGUGGUUGUAUCUAAAAGAUUUGAAUCCUUUCGGCCCAUACAGCUGUUUGUUGUGCUCCGAAUGGUUUGUUAGUCGCGGGAAGUUGAUAAUCCACUAUGUACUAAAUCAUAAAAAAGAUUUCUGUGGAGUAUGCAGGUAUUUUGUGCCAGACAGAGAAGCGUGGCAAGCACACUUAAAAUUUCAUACGCCAUGGCCUUGUUCUCAAUGUGGUCAAAAUUUCUCAACUGAGACAGAACUUCGUCAACAUUUUAGCAAUGCUCAUAAUCUAGUUCAUUGUCGAUUAUGCCACUUCAGAGUGCCUGCCGAUCAGUAUGACACACAUUUGUUCCAAAAACACAAUGUAUCAAAUGUUACAUAUAAAAAUGAAGAAGUAUUUUGGGGAAUUGAAAAUGAAGGCAUAAAAAUUUUCCGUUGCCUUCUCUGUUCUAAAUCAGAUAAUCUGAGGUCAGAAUUCUUCAACCACUAUAUGGGUAUCCACCAUUUUACUUUAAAAUGUUUUGCUAGUAUAAUUUCUGGGAAUGAUCCUCCAUUUUCAGUCUCUGGAGUUGAAGUUAGUCAACAGUUUCUCGAAAGCUUAAAAGAACAAAGAAAAUAUGGCUAUGUAGACCUGGAUAAAUCUAUGAUAAAUGAAACUCAGGAGCAAAAUAAACGAGACCUUGAUUUACUGAAUGCAACCGAAAUUAAACAAGAGAAUUUGAGUGAUGGUGAAGGUGAAAAAAGUUCCACUGAUGAUAAGAAAGGAGAUAAGUCUGAUGACUGUUAUGAUGCAAGCUGUGAGUAUGAUAGAGAUGGAAAUAAACUUGACCCAAAUGAAGUCAAGAGGCAAUUAGACAUAAUCAGAGCUUACAAGGGCGAUGAAGACUUUGAUGUUACACUAAUGGAAAUGAUAAUUCCAGAGCAAUGCUAUUUUGAGUAUAUAAAUGGAAUGACAACUGAUAUGAAAGCAAAAAUAAUGCCCGAGAACUCAUAUAUUCACUAUGACAAGGCAUCUGAUGUUGCUAAAGAAAUGCAUUGUUCACUUUGCGAUGCGAAGCAAAACACGCUUCAAGAUUUUUCAACGCAUAUGCAGAAAGUGCAUUGUGUAAAAUUUGUCCCAGUAUUUUGCUGUAGAGUUUGUGCAACUACUUUUGAUAAUCAACAUGAGCUGGACACUCAUACUUCAGAGGAAUUAGGUGAAUUUGAGGAUUUAUGGAUUUGUCAAUUUUGUGACAAAGAAUUUGACAAUAGAGAAGCAACCAGGCGUCAUAUGACUGAUCAUUGGGAGACUGUAGAGUACGAUAACUGUUUUAGUCCUCAUUUGGGCUUUAAAUGUAGAUACUGUCCAACUUUGUUUUGGAAUGAGGAUCACAGAGAAAACCAUCAGAUAAGGGUACAUUUUCAGAAGCAUAAAGAACAGUAUUAUAAAUGUGAAUGUUCAGAAUUGUAUAGUGAUAAGAUAUGGUUUAUUCACCAUUACCUAGAAAAACAUCAGCAGAACUCCAGAGACUUAUACCUUCUAAAAUGCUAUCUAUGCUGUAUUGUGUUACGAUCUGUUGAAGAGAUGAGAAGUCAUUUUGGCAUUGAACACCCUGAAGCAAGGAAGAUUUUCUGUUCUUUAGAUGGAUGUAAAUACAGGCCACUGAGUCAUAAGAAGUCCUUCCAGUUACAUUUGAGGGCUCAACAUACAACUCUAAACACCAAUCGUACCUGCAGCUGUACAGUAUGCGGCCGAGAAUUUCCCAACGCACGAUCUCGCACUGCUCACGUGGCGAAAGUUCAUGGCACUGGCAAGUACCGCUGCAAGAUCUGUGGUGACAUGCUGCUGUCUAUGGAUGAGAGGAAACUCCAUUACCUGAUCGCUCACCCUGGGCACCACCCAUAUGAAUGCUCUGAGUGUGGAAAAUCGUUCCAAUACAAAUCUUCGUUAUACAUACAUAAACAACAACAUUUGCCUAACAAACAGACCUACACAUGUAGCUACUGCCAGAAAGUUUUUGCAAAAAAAGAUUCCUACCGCGAACACGUCCAGAUCCAUGAAGGCCCGCGUCAUGCUUGCUCUUACUGCCCUAUGCGUUUCGUCCAACGUUCUAACAUGUUACGUCACGAGCGGCGUCAUACUGGUGAACGACCCUAUGCGUGUCCACAAUGCCCAAGGACAUUUGCUGAUAAGGGAGCUUGUACUUCUCACAUCAGGACGCACACAAGGACUACUCCCUAUGCUUGUGUGUACUGCGGUCAGACUUUUGUUCAAAAGUCUAAAUUAACAUAUCAUAUUAGAAAACAUACGGGAGAAAAUUUGGAGACAUGUACAGUUUGUUCAAAGAUGUUCACGAGUGCGUGUUCAUUGCGUGAGCAUAUGAAGAUCCAUGAAACCAAGAUUCUUACUGUGAAGUGCCCUCUAUGUGAACGCAAAUACCAAGACGAGCGGAACAUGCUGCGCCAUAUGCGCACAUCGCACACACGCGGCCAGUACCACUGUCCGCUUUGCAACAAAAUUCUCAGUAGCACUUCCGGCCUUCGCAUUCACGUUUUGACACACAGUGCGACCAGUGUUUUCAAGUGUAAACUCUGCAAGAAAACCUACGCUGUUCAACGUUCCAUGCUCAAGCAUAUGCGCAAGAGGCAUAAUCUAAAAAAUGUCAACAUCAGAGAAUUCUACACUGCUUUGGAUCCUAGGGAAUGUCAACUUAAUUUGGACGAGGAAGUUAUCACCAAGAUAUUUGGACCUCGAAAGAAUAAAAACGCUCCUGGUAAAAACUUCAUAUUUGCAAAAGCUUUCAAUAACAAGAAUACAAAGACAGCCAAAGGCAAAAAAGAAAAAAAUCAAGAAAAAGUCCAGGAAAGUGAUGAGGAUAGUCAAGAAGAGAAUGAUAGAUUAAAAGAUGAUGGUACAAGCAAUGAUGAACAAGAACUCGAACCUACAGAUUUUGUUACGGUCAAAAUCGAACCUUUUGAUGAAGAUGAAAAUAAUGCAUAG